ACAAAGGAAGAAAAUGCUAGCAUAUAUCAAUGGCUUGAAUAUUGCUUAUUGCAUUCUAAUCUCAAAGAAACUAAAGAAAUGCUUGAUGAACUGAACACUAUUUUAACUGGUAAAACCUAUUUUGUCAACAACCGGUUCACGAUUGCAGAUUUAAUACUGUAUUUGAGUCUACACAGUAUUUAUUCCUGCAUGACUUUCCAAGACAAAGAAACUUACAAUCACCUUUCUAGAUGGUUUAGACUGAUUCAAAAAGAAGCUGAUGCUAGUGAAUUGUAUCCAAACAUAGUUUUCUGCAAAACUAGUCUGUACAGUUGAAUGCAUAUAGUAUUUAUUUAUUUAAAAAUCAGUUUUUUUUUUUUUCUUUUUCUUUUUUUAACUGUGACGUACCUGGAAAAAAAUAAAAAUCUUUUAAAGAAAAUGUAAAUUAUUUUAGUUAAUAUCAUGUAUCUUUCACAAAACAGCGUAGUAUUACAGAAAAAUCUCAAUUUGAUAUUUCAAGGAAGAAGUAGUUGAUGUUGCACGUUACAAAGUGAUAA